CCAACCCCACAUCUAAUCCAAACAUUAUCGCCCACUAUCAUCACUCACUUCACUCAUGUCUCGUGGGUUGUCUUUUGUACGGAAUUUCUCUCGUUAGAAUUGCUUCCUAUUUCUGGUCAAACUACCUAUACAUAUAGUUGUGGAAUUUUGUAAUUUCUAAUUGCAUAGAGUUUGCCACAACACACAUUUGCUUGCUCACUAUUAAACUUCUGUUGGAUAUGACAAAUAAAGAGCGACUUGUAGUGGAUUACUACUGGGUAGAACACAUCAGGCAGUUUAUAGUUUGGCUGCGUAGAACGCCGUCCAACCCAGAUAUCCAACAUAAGAGCUGGCUUACACCCCAAAUAUGUGAAGAACGCAAUUCAUCAAACAGCUGGUCUGCAAUCUUUCAGUACUCCGAAUCCAAAUCCCUCCCUCGAAAAUCCUCUCCCCAUAAAUGGCUUCUCUUCUCUCCCACUCCAAUCCCAUCACCAAUCUUCCAGCCAUUCUUUUGAUUUCACACAAAAGUAACAUUAAUUUUUCCAAAACAUUAUGCAAUCCUCAAAAAGUAUUAGUUCUAGCAGCGGCAGCAAUGUCUCUGUCACUUCUGGUGGCCCUGCUCGGGCUUCAGGGCGCCACUCGAUUUAUCGGGGAGUCAGGCGUAGAAGUGGAAAAUGGGUGUCGGAAAUCCGGGAACCCAGAAAGCCUACUAGAAUCUGGUUAGGAACAUUUCCUACCCCUGAAAUGGCGGCAGUUGCCUACGAUGUGGCGGCACUGGCACUCAAAGGGCCGGAAGCUGAGCUUAAUCUGCCAGAUGUGGCGGCUUCUUUGCCCGUACCUGCCUCCACGUCUCCCCACGAUAUACAAGCGGCUGCUGCCUAUGCUGCAGCGGCUUUUGGGGCGGCGAAUGAUGCUUUGGGGAUUCAGAGUAAUCAAAUGGAAGGAAAUGAAACAGUAGUGCUGCAACCUGAUCAAAUGCCAAGAAAUGUGGAUAAUAUGUUUGUUGAUGAGGAUCUGAUAUUUGAUAUGCCUAAUGUUCUUGUGAACAUGGCAGAAGGGAUGCUUCUUAGCCCGCCUCGAUUGGGGAGUUUUGAUUACGAUGAUGAUUAUGCUGCUGGUAGUGGCGGUGCUGGAAGCGGCGGAGAUCAUAAUCUCUGGAAAUUCCCAUGAUAUCCAACUAAAUCAAAAAUAAAUCAAUAAAUGAUAACAUUCAUGUAAAAAAUCGAAACCCAAUAAAUAUAUAAUCUACCUAAUACCUAUAAUCUAUGGCAUCAGAAAUAAAAAUUUGUAUGAUAUUGUCUUGCAUUGAAGGCCCAAAUGCAAGAGUUCCAUUGGA